GCCUCCUGCGUAGUCUAGCUUUCAUAAUUUUUUUUUUCCAUCUGCUCUCGAUCUGCUUCUUUCAAGUAUUGCGCACAGUCUCUUUCUUACCCGAUAACCAUGAAACUCCAUAUUUCGUGUGUUCUUCUGGCGUUAUGGGGAGGAUUUGUCACUGGUAAGAAAAUAGCGUCCCGCAGUUCUCUAAAUGACUUCCAGCGUUCUGAGGGAAGAGAGCUGGUUCCUACCUCCUGGAACACUGCACGGACUCUGAUUCUCCCAGGGCUGACAUUGGAGGAGUGUGCUAGACGAUGCUCACACAUGCUGGACUGCAGAGCCUUCAACUACGAGACACGACCCGUCAUUACCUGUAAACAGCUGCCGUGGGUGGAGGAUGGCAACAAUGCAGAGGUCAAAAGGAACGUUAACUGUGACCUGUAUGAAAAGAAGGUCUAUGUAAGGAAGUGCAUUGUGGGUAAAGGGGAAGACUACCGAGGCAAGGUUUCCACAACGAAAAGUGGCCAUACUUGUCAACAGUGGUGGUCUAAGUUCCCACAUGAUCACAGAUGGACUCCAACAGCUACAAAUGGCUUGGAGCUGAAUUACUGCAGGAACCCAGAUGGGGACCGUAUUGGGCCAUGGUGCUACACGACUGAUCCAGAACGCCGCUACGAGAGCUGCAAUAUUCCCCACUGCAAAGAUGAGGUGUGUAUAACCUGUAAUGGUGAGGACUACAGGGGCCAGGUUGACCACACCGUGAGCGGCAGAGAGUGCCAACGCUGGGACCAGCAGCACCCUCACCAACACAUCUACCAGCCUGAGAAGUAUCCGGAUAAGAGCUUGGAUGACAACUACUGCCGGAACCCAGACGCCUCACCUGUCCCCUGGUGUUACACCACUGACCCUGCUAUGGAGAGAGAGAGCUGCGAGAUCAGCAAGUGUUCUGCGGUUGUAAAGAGACGCCUCCGGUCCAGCUACACCACACACUGUUUCCGUGGCCGUGGGGAAGAUUACCGCGGUAAAGUAAACGAAACGACUGGUGCCAUCCCCUGUCAGCGUUGGGACAGUCAGCACCCCCAUGAACAUCCCUUCUACCCAAAGACCUAUGAAUGCAAGGGCCUGGAGGAGAACUACUGUCGUAACCCAGAUGGAUCCGAGGCUCCCUGGUGCUUCACGUCUGUGCCUGAGAUGAGGACCGCUCUCUGCUUACAGAUCAAACGCUGUGCAGAUGACAUUGAAGCCGAGGAUUGCUACCAUGAAAAUGGUAAGAACUACAGGGGCGUAGUCCGAAAGACACGCAAGGGCAUCGUCUGCCAGAACUGGAGUGUCAACAUGCCUCACAAAACAAAGAUAAACCCAGCAACCCACCCUGAGGCAAACCUGACAGAGAACUACUGCCGGAACCCAGAUGGCGACCAACACGGACCCUGGUGUUACACCACGGACCCCAAAACAGAGUUUGACUACUGCGCCAUAAAGCAAUGCGCUGGAGAGAAAGUGUCCAUCAUUGAGCCAGCAGAAAAGGUGGAGUUUAAUGAGUGUGGGAAGAGAGAUGAUCGUAUAGUGAGGAAGCUGCGUAUUGUUGGCGGGGUUCCUGGGAACUCUCCCUGGACAGUCAGCCUCAGAGACAGGAAAGGAAACCAUUUCUGUGGAGGGUCCCUGGUUAGCUCCAAGUGGGUGAUCAGCACUAAGCAGUGUUUCUCUUCUUGUUAUGUAGACCUUCCAGGUUACUCAGCCAUGAUGGGGACAUUGUUCCGUAACCCGCAGGAAGGAGAGGCCAAACCGCAGACUAUCUCCCUGACCAAGAUCGUAUGUGGACCUUCAGAGUCCCAGCUGGUCAUGCUGCAACUGCAACACCCAGCCCAGUUUAACGAGCGGGUGUCUCAGAUUUGCUUGCCCCCUGAACGCUACAUAGUUCCGGAUGAAACCUUGUGUGAGAUUGCAGGCUGGGGAGAAACAAAAGGCACUUCAGUGAAUGACUCUGUGCUAAACGUAGCUCAAGUACCAGUUCUGAGCAACAAAGACUGUAACAAAUACUUCCGGGGUCGUGUCCGGGAGAACGAGAUGUGCACCAACUCCUUCCAUGGUGGGGUGGGUGCCUGUGAGAGAGACUACGGAGGCCCGCUGGCCUGUCAGAACAGUGACUGCUGGGUAUUGGAGGGAGUGAUCAUCCCCAUGAGGCGCUGUGGACACCCGGGUCAGCCCAACAUCUUCAUCCGAGUCUCUGUCUACGUGGACUGGAUUAAGAAGGUCAUGGAGAUGGCUUAGUCAAAGAUGUACCACACCAACCACUGAAUGGCUGUAGGUUCUGUUGGACAACCAUAUAGUAAAGUUAGAGUCCUUAGUUGAAACAAUGACAGAGCCUUCCACCUGUGUUUGGGGUAAACUUCAGGGAUGACCCUGGAGUCUGUUUCAACAAUAAACCUCUGGAUGCGUGGACUGACCAACAUCGUUGGUCAUCGUUGAUUUCAACAUCGUAGUUUUAACCAUGUUUUUAGGACACAGUGUUUAUUUAUUACAAACACUGGAGGGAAAACACAAGCUAGUGUAUUUGGCUUUCAUGGGUUAUGACAGUAGAACUGAGCUCAUGAGGCAUUUAUAUAUAUUUUUUCAUAUAUUUUCCAGAAAUCGAUGUAGCAUCUAAGGAUUUCAGCUUUAAUUGACUUUCAAUCUCCUUUCUAUUGCUCUAAUUAGGUGACCCCCUAAUAGUGAUCCAUGACCAUCUACCCACCAUUUUAUGUCAUCCGUAUUUGUUUUUGUAAUACUCUGUUGUGUGUUCUACCCACAUUCCUAUGGCCAAAAUAUAUUGUGUAAAUAGCCAUGUUUUCCCAAUUGUCUGUCUGCAAUCAAACCCAAUAUGAGCCAUUAAGAAUAACAUUUGAAAUCAUAUUUUUUUGGGGGUAGCGAUUCAUAUAUGAGAUCCUUAGACAUUAUUGAACCUGGCCACAGUGACCUUAGGAUGUUCAUGUAAAGGACAUGCCUUCUUAACAUCAUGUUUCCCAGAGCCUUCAAUAAAACUGCUGACCGCCAGUCCCUGCACCACCACCCCUCCCCUCCAGUAUCCAAUGGAACUCCAAAAUACCUUCUUUGCCCCCCAGCCUCUAAAGAAAUCCCUCCUCUGCCUGUCUUUUUGAUGCCUGCCCCCACCUCUAAAGACAUGCCUUUGUGCCUUAUGCAGAACUGUAUGCGCUGCACAUUCUUUCUGGUUCUAUAGGAGGAUUUUUGUAACUCGGUCCUGAUGAGCCCACGGAAUUCAGCUUAAAUAAACCUCAAGAUCAGAGUCCAACAGAAUCACAGACAGACCAGCGCGCUGACAGCCAGUGGACUGACUCUAUCUCCCUCUCUCUUCUCUCCCUCUCUUUAACACUACUCACACAAAACACACACACAUUGACACAUGUUUGGGUACUUUCUUGUUAAUAACAAAUAAAUAUAGGUACUCACCCAUAGCCCAACAUUUACAUAUUAAUCAUACAAAUAUAUUCACAUAUAAAACCAAGAUAAACUAACAGACUAUGGUGUAAUUAGUUUGACAUAUUUGCUGAUUUAACAGGCUUUGAUCUGUUUAAGUGACAGUUGGUUGUACUUUCCAGAAAUUAUGUUUACAAUAAAUGACUAAUCAAAUAUUCAUAUGACUUAAUUUAGGUUCAACUGUAGAUUAGCCUUGAGUAAGGGUUUAUAAAUGAGUAACAUCAUGCCAUCUUCUAAUUUCAAUUUUGGGAUUGUUUUAUAUGAUGCAGCAAAUUUCAGACUUCUUAAAAUGUCAAUUUUACAUGUUUCUUCCUUUUAAUAUGGACUUGGAGGAUGUUAUGGGGGGAAAGUAUCUAUUAAGUUCGGGUAAUUUCCAAUCACUCGAACUUUUUCACAUGAAUACCAUUAGCCGUGUGUAUUCGAAAAGCCUUGUAUUUCCGUCAUGCGUUGUAAAUUUCGAUCUAUUUGAAGAGAAUUUUAGAAACUAUUUUCAUGCUACUAGUGUAGCCUAGUAUAUGAUGCCCACCUCUCACAAGUGGGUGGUCCACUGAGCAAGGGGCGUGUUCGACUGUUUCACCCCUCCUACCCACCCCCACCGCUCUCCUGGAGCAUGGUUUAAUAGAGAAAGUAUGCAAUGUUCAUAUGCUCCAGCUCCAACCCCCAUCAUACUUCAACUAGGGUUUCGUGACUAAACGAGGAAACGACAGACAAACGUAAGGGAUCACACACAGACUGGCCGAGAUAGAGGGAAGGAGGGAGGGUCAGAGGGAGAGAGAAAAAGAGGGCAGAAAGAAAGAAGACAGAUUGGCAGUUCAUUCCAUGCUAAACUUCAUUCAAGGCGACUGUAAAAUUAAGAAAUCUUAAAAAUAUAAAAAGGUAGGUGAAAUAUUUCACAAGUACUUAACCGGCUAUUGUUUCAUUUUCUACCAUAAUUCUUCCUGUUUAUUUCUUCUUAAAUCGGAUGAAUGGGUUACCACUCAAUCGUGUAUUCUGACCAUUCAGAUCAAGUAAAAAGGUUAAACUGUCCUUCGAAACUAUUCGAUAAGAUUUGCUCUCUCCCUGCAUCAUCUGUGUCUUGCUGUGUGUGUCUUGCUGUAAACACAUGGGUUUCGGCUUUUGCACCGGUGCUAAGGUAAAAUCAACGACUCCAUACAGAUUAUGUAAUAACUGUACAAUUAAUUGAAUAUCCAAAUCAAACAUUUGUUUUUCUGUCUGUCUAUAGGCUUGAUAUAAAAGAUUAAAAUGCACAAAUA